AUGGCGGCUUUCUUCUCCACUUUGACUCUUGCUAGCUCGUCAUCAACAAUGGCACUCUCUCCGACGACUUUAGCUAAAACAGAGGAGGAUAACGCGAUCGUUUCCAGGUUCCAGACUUACCUCCGAAUCAACACCGUACAUCCGAAUCCCGAUUACCGCGCAGCCGCAGAUUUCAUCAAAUCCCAGGCUCAAUCCAUCUCUCUCGAAUCUCAAUCGAUCGAAUUCGUCGAGGGAAAGCCGAUUGUUCUCCUGAAAUGGAUUGGAUCAGAUCCUUCGUUACCUGCGAUUCUCUUAAACUCUCACAUCGAUGUCGUCCCCUUUGAGGCAGACAAGUGGGAUCAUCCUCCGCUCGGAGCAGAAAUCGACGAAGACGGCAAAAUUUACGCGAGGGGAACUCAGGACAUGAAGAGCGUUGGGAUGCAGUACAUAGAAGCUAUUCGUAAGCUCAUAGCCUCUGGAUUUGUGCCACGUAGAUCCGUCUACGUCUCGUUCGUUCCCGAUGAAGAGAUCGGCGGCGCUGAUGGGGCUGGGAAGUUCGUUGAAUCGGAGAUAUUCAAGAGCUUGAAUAUUGCUAUCGUGCUCGACGAAGGUUUGCCAACUCCAGCGGAGAGAUACAGAGUGUUCAAUGGAGAGAGGAUUCCAUGGUCGCUUAAGAUCAAAGCUGUAGGACAACCUGGACAUGGAUCAAAGCUCUACGAUGACUCAGCAGCGGAGAAUCUAAGUAAAAGCAUUGAGAGUAUAAUGAGAUUCAGAGCUUCUCAGUUUGAUCAGCUCAAAGCUGGUUUGAAGCCUGAAGGUGGAGUAAUCUCUGUCAACAUGGUUUUCCUCAAAGCUGGCACUCCUACUCCAGAUGGUUUUGUGAUGAAUCUGCAACCAUCUGAGGCAGAAGCUGGUUUCGACAUUCGUAUCCCACCCACUGCUGAUUUAGAAGCACUUGAAAGACGCGUGGUUGAGGAAUGGGCACCAAGUGCCCGGAACAUGUCCUUCGAGCUGUGGCGGUUCGACCAGAAUCCUUCAGGGAAGCAGUUACUUGCAGCAAAAGAUGAUUCAAAUCCAUGGACGGGACUCUUAGAAAAUGCUGUAAAUGCAGCUGGAGGGCAGACUAGUGAGCCUGAGAUCUUCCCUGCAUCAACAGAUGCUAAGUAUUUCCGGAAAGCAGGCUUGCCUGCAAUUGGGUUCUCUCCUAUAUCAAACACCCCGAGUUUGCUUCAUGAUCAUAAUGAGUAUCUGAGUCAAUCUGAGUACUUAAAGGGCAUUGAUAUGUAUGUUUCGAUCAUCCAAGCUUACACAUCAUAUGCUUCACCUGAAUGAGAGUGUUUCAAGAGCUGAGUUAUAAGGGUCUUCUUCAGCCUUGUGUUAUCACGUGAACUUCUUGUAAUCAAAUUUGUUAUCAGAUGUUACAGGAAUUCUCCUUAUCUAUCUUUAUCAAUUUCAUUUUAAUGAGUUGGUUAAGUUGUGGUUUUAAUCAAACUGGUUUUAUUUUACAUUUACGGUUUAUGUUUAA